AUGGCCCAACAUACUCUCCCUCCUCUUCCUUACGCAUACGAUGCCUUGGAGCCCAUCAUCUCCCAGCAGAUCAUGGAGCUGCACCAUCAAAAGCAUCAUCAAACUUACAUCAACAACCUGAAUGCAGCUCUCGCAGCCCAGGCCACAGCCACAAAUUCCAACGAUGUCCCAGCUUUGAUCACCCUCCAGCAGAAGCUGCGUUUCAACGGCGGUGGCCAUAUCAACCACUCCCUCUUCUGGAAGAAUCUCACUCCCCCCGGAACCCCAGGCAAUGACAUCGGCGGGGCACCCGCUCUCCGCGAAGCUAUUAUCUCGCGGUGGGGCUCACACGAAGCAUUUGUCAAGGCAUUCGGGGCCGAGCUUCUCGGUCUUCAGGGAUCUGGAUGGGGCUGGUUGGUGAGCAAGGGCGGAGCUAAGGGCCGCCUCGAGAUCCAGACUACCAAGGAUCAGGACCCCGUCAAUGCCCCCGAUGUUCCCAUCUUUGGUGUUGAUAUGUGGGAGCAUGCAUACUACCUCCAGUACUUGAACAACAAGGCUGGUUAUGUCGAGGGGAUUUGGAAGAUCAUCAACUGGGCCGAGGCUGAGAAGCGAUACACUGCUGGAGUUGAGAACCCACUGAAGCUAUGA